AUGAGAGCAGAAUUCACCAUGCAGAAGAGCACAGCGAUCAUAGCCAUCUGCCUGAUUUGCCAAACUUUGGCAGUGGAGGUUAAAGAAAAGGCAACGCUGCCCGUGAAUAUUGAUACUGUGCAAAAAAAUAAUUUAAAACUGCUGACCGAGCAACUCAACAGGGGUUGGAGAGCCUUCUGUGAUGCUCCCGUGGAUGAGGGUGUGAUGUCCCUUUUCCAGGGAAUAAAUCCCAGCGAUGCCCGAAUCCAUGUGAUGACCAUCACCAACCAAAGUGUGGAGCUGCCCAUCAAAUCCCUGUCGCAAGUCAAAGAUUUCGAUAUCAAUCCGGAGCGUAAGACCCUCAUCUAUGUGAAUGCCUUCCACACAGCCGAUAGUUAUUUUAGUGUCCAGGAGCACUUGACUUUGCUGCAGAACAGCAGAAGGGAUCUCAAUGUGAUAUUAGUUGACUUUGCCAAGGAUGUGGCUCAGUUGUACUAUGCAGUGCGGCAUCAUCUCUCCGUUGAUGGAUAUUUUGUGUAUAAACUUCUGCGGGCUCUAAAGGAUGCGGGCAUUGCAAUGGAUGAUAUUAGUUUGGCAGGACACUCGGUGGGUGCAAAUAUAGCGGCUUUGGGGGCGCAACUUUUUGCCAAGGAAAACAAACAAUUGGUGGGUCAACUGAUAGCCAUUGAUCCCGCCACCAUGUGUCGCACCACCGAUAUUUUGGUGAAACAGAAUGUUGCCACAAGGGUGGUGGUGAUUCACGGUGAGGGUGAUGUUUUUGGGGUGAGGGUUCCUCUAGGACACAUUGAUAUUUAUCCAAAUGGCAUUGGGUAUUUCCCAAGGAGAAAACUUCAACCAGGUUGUGAGUCCAAGAUCUGCAGUCAUAUGUAUCCUUUUGUUCUCUUUAUGGAGGCCCUUAUUGAAGGUGUGAUGAUCCCUGCCACGAAGUGCGAGAGCUGGGCCAAAUUCCGGCAAGGGGAUUGCAAUUUCAAAAACACGAUCAACAUUGGUCUUAUUUAUCCUGCUAAUGCCAAGGGUCUGUACUUCUGCUUAACUCAGCCAAAUCCUCCAUUUACCUACAUGGAACAUGGCUUGAGAUAUAAAGCGAGACGUUUUGAGAAGCCUAUUGAUAAGAAAUUAUCCUAAGCCUUAAGUUAAUUUGUAAAAAUUGUAAUUGUUUUUAAGUUGGUUAGUUAAUUUAUUAAAAUAUAUUUCGGUAAGUCAACAA